AUGGAGAGAAUAAGCAUUGUAACUGAGUUUAUUUUCUGGGGUCUUACUCAUAACCCAGCAGUUGAAGAAGUUUGCUUUGUGGUGUUUUUAUUCUUCUACACAGUCAUCAUCCUGGGAAACCUCCUCACCAUGCUGACAAUCUGUAUGGUCGAUCUUCUAAAGUCUCCUAUGUACUUCUUCCUCAACUCCUUGUCUUUUGUGGACAUUUGUUUCUCUUCGUCCACAGCACCCAAAUUGAUUGCUGACUUAUUAGCACAGAACAAAACUAUCUCCUAUGAGGGGUGCAUAUUGCAACUCUUUGGGGUACAUUUCUUCGGUUGCACCGAGAUCUUCAUCCUAAUCGUCAUGGCCUAUGAUCGCUAUGUGGCUAUCUGCAAACCACUACACUACGCAACCAUCAUGGACCGGGAGACAUGCAAUAAACUGCUGCUGGGGACAUGGCUGGGUGGGUUUGUACACACUGUUAUCCCAGUGUCUCUGGUAGUCCAGCUCCCCUUCUGUGGCCCCAAUGAGAUUGAUCACUACUUUUGUGAUGUUCACCCUGUGCUGAAACUCGCCUGCACGGACACACAUCUAAUCGGAGGCAUGGUGACCGCCAACAGUGGGACCAUCACGCUGGGCAGUUUUGUCAUCCUGCUCAUCUCUUACACUGUCAUCCUGGUGUCUCUGCGGAAGCAGUCAACAGAAGGCAGGUGCAAAGCCCUCUCCACCUGCGGUGCCCACAUCACUGUGGUCAUCAUCUUCUUUGGACCCUGCACUUUCACAUACAUGCGCCCUGAUAUCACCUUCACCGAAGAUAAGAUGGUGGCUGUGUUCUACACCAUCAUCACGCCCAUGUUAAACCCCAUGAUUUAUACACUGAGAAAUGCGGAAGUAAAGAAUGCAAUGAGGAAACUGUGGGGCAGGAAGGUGUACAGGGAGGCUCAGGGUAAAUAG